AUGCCGCGCGAGAACCGAAAAAGAGGAAAGAAACAUAAAAAGCAAGCGGAAGAACUGGAACAACAACCCUAUCACCCACCACCACUUCCUGCUGCACAAGAAGAAACCGGCCAAACACCAUCCUGGAUACUUUCCUCGUCGAAACAAACCGAGGAAAUUAACCCCGAAGCGCCGUAUGGGUACAUCGACGCGGAUGUGAAGGCGUAUUUCCGGACUGUUGAUGUGCAGAUCCGGGAGUGGCAGGAAAGCCGUGGGUAUCGUGAGGAGGAGGAGGAGGGUGGGGACGUAGAUCCCAACGAAGAACGUCGGCUGUUCUUCGUCGCAGCUUUAAAAGAGAUGCAAGGGAAAGAAAAACAAAUGGCUACGGACCCCGACUGUUCCGUUAUCCUGGAACGAAUGUUUUAUUCCAUGGACGACUUUGUGAGGCGGGUGUUCGUGGAUAGUUUGGCUGGUUCGUAUGAAACGCUUGUGAAGCAUCGGUUCGCGUCGCAUGUCUGCCAGACCUUGUUUUCUGUGGCUAGGGAUACGGUGUCUAGAGAGACGAAAGGCAUCUUCCCAUCCGUGCCCGAUUCACCAGACAAGGGCGAACUUCGAACACUAACUCAACUAAUCCUAGACGUUUCCGAGGAACUCCUCCCAACCUUCCCCUCACUAAUAAUGGACCCAUUCGCAUCCCACGUAAUGCGCAGCCUUCUCCUCCUUCUCUCCCCCACCCUCUCCUCUUCCUCUUCCUCGGAAGACGACUCCUCGGCUGUGAGAUCCAAGAAAAGUGCAGCGUGGAAAGCCAAGCAAGGACCCAUGAAAUCCGUCUUUUCCAAUUCCAACGAAGGCAAGGGAAAGUCCAUCCCGCUCAAAAGCGCCCCUUUGGAGUUUACGGAGAUGGCCAGGCGGUUCGUACAAGUUUUCAGGGAUCAGCUUGGGGAGAACGAGGUAAGGGCGAUGGCUGCUAGUAAAGUUGCCGGUCCGGGGCUACAGGUUCUUUUGGAGGUCGAGGCUGACCAAGGUAUGGCUAAUGAGCCGGGGUCGCUCAUGGAUAGGGUUAUGGUUGGAUUGAUCACUGAUUGUCAAAAUGAUCCCUCAACCAUGCCUGAAGCCUCUGAUUAUCUAGGAACGCUCCUUCGAGAUCCUUCAUCAUCGCACAUCCUUGAAAUCAUCACUUUUCGCUGUCCGCCCUCUGCAUUCGACAAACUGUGGGCUAUAUAUUUCAAAGGCGCACUGCCGAGAUUGGCAGUUCACCCCGUUGCGAACUUCGUCCUUGCCAAGGCGCUAGAACGGGUGUCUGAAGGUCAGUUAUUGGAGGUGUGUGCGGAGUUGAGAAAUACGUGGCAUAAAUUGAUCAGUACUUCGAGGACGGGAGUGUUGCGUGCUGCUAUUGAUAGAGCUGCUAUUUUGCAAGCUCUUGGCGAGGAAAUUGUUGAAGCCACAUAUCUGGCUUUCAACCUCGAGAGUACUGAAGGUCGUCUGCUACUGGUGCCUUGUGUUCUCAUGUUGUUACCUCUCCAAGAUUACAAAACCGCCCUCGCCUCAGGUCCUACCCACAAAAAAGACGAACAACAGCAACAAAACUACCACCGCGGUCGUCCCCAACCACCCUCCCAAUCUCCACUAACACCCAAAAUCCAAGGCUCAGUGCUCCUCCAAUCCUUCCUCCGUCUCCCAGAACCACACAAUCAACCUGUUUUAGAUAGCAUACACUCCAUACCCAUAGAAGAUCGUAUAAAAAUCGCCCACGAUUCCUCCGCAUCACGCGUGUACGACGUCCUCCUCGACUCACCUACCGUACCCUUGAAGGCCAAACGUCAGUUCGUGAUGGGCUUUAUAGGGCAUUAUCACCUUCUCGUCGAUGAUCGGAUAGGAAGUAGAGUUGGGGAUAGGUGUUGGGCGUUUGCGGAUACGUAUCUCAAGGAAAAAAUAGCAAAGUCACUGAUAUCCCACGACCAAACCCUCGCCGCAUCCUUUUACGGGAAAUUCUUUGCGAGGAAUCUGAACCUGUACCUCCUCCAACGCCGACCUGAAGAAUGGCGGAACACACAGUCUGAGAAGAAGAAAGCGUCCUUGCCUCCUCCCCCGCAGGUCAAAGAUGUGGAAACAAAAAUAAAGGAGGAGACUCCGAAAAAGCGGAAGAGGAAGCCUGAGAAUGAGAUUGAUGAGUUGUUUGACGCUGCGCUUGGGAGGAAGAUCAAAAAAGCUGCGUUGGUUACGAUACCGGUGAGCGAGGAGAAGGAGGGGGCGGUGGUCAAGGGGGAGGAAGUUAAAAAGGAGGAGGAUAAAUCGUUGAAGGCUGUUUUGGGUGCUAUUCGCUCUGCACCAAAGGGAGAGGAAAAGCACAGGAAGAAGAGGAAAAAAGUAUAA